AUGGCCUCUCCCUUCACGACCUCAACCCCUGCCCUCACCCAUGGACCCUCCCACACGCCCACCCUCAACCAUGACCCCACUCAUAAUUCCCACGACCACACCCACGCCCACACCCAUGACCCACGCCACCGCCACACCCCCGCCCACGACCCCCUACACGCCCUGGAUGUGAACCACGUCCACGACGCUGUGCACGCACUCUCGCACGCCCACACCUCUAGCCACAUCACUGGGACGUCACACCCACGCCGCCCUCUCCUCGCCGCAUCAGACGGGCGUGGCGGGCACCAUUCGUGGCCCGCCGCCCCUCCACCCGCUCACGCCCACAUCAUCAACCACCCUCCUGCCGCCCACCAGCAUCGACAAGAAGCCGCCCACUGUCGGUAA